AUGAGUUCUCCUUAUUCGACAAUCUCCCUCACGGCCGCCUGCAGUUUCCUCCUCCUCCUCCUCCUCUGGGGCUCGGCCGCCCAACAACACGCCGUGCUCGAUGGCAGAGGAGACGAGCUCGUCGUGGGACGCGGCUACAUCAUCAGCUCCACUAUGCGAGGGGCCGCUGGCGGCUACCUCUCCCUCAAUCCGGGAACCUGCCCGCCGCCCGUGAUCCAUACGUUGUCCGACCGCGAUCCGGGCCUCCCCGUGUCCUUCUGGCCCUCCAGCGGCGUCUCCGGCGGGCCCGUCAACGUCUCGGCCAACCUGGACAUCCAGUUCUGCAGCACGGACACAAGGCCGUGCGACGGGAAUACUGUGUGGACGGUGGGUCCUGACCCUUGGACGAGUAGUGUGGCCGUGCAGAUUGGGGGCAAGCUCGAGUCGAAUAAGGACCCAGACUACUGGUUCAGGAUCCAACCCUACCAGUCCAACUACAAGCUGUCGUAUUGCUGGGCGUACGAAAUGUGCAAAAUGUCGGAAACGUGCAGGGACCUGACCAUCCGGUGGGACAGUCACGGCGGGCGUUUGGUUCUGGCUUCGCCGUCGGAAGAGCCAUUUGAGGUUGUGUUUGGGAAAGUCGGCUGGGGUAAUGAGGGUGCUCGCACUAUCAAGAUGUCCACUGAUAAUUGA